CCGGGAGGAGGAGGAGGAGCCGCCGCACCGGAGCGCUCGAUCGCUCUCCUCGGGGCCGGGGCGCACCGGCGGGGGGCGGCGGCGGCGCUUCACCCCCGCCCCGCACCCCCCGGCCCGUCCCGCUGCCUCCGAGGGGUUUUCCCCGUCGCCCAUCCCGGAGCCCGGCGCGGAACUCGCCCGGCGCGGCCCGCCCGCCGCCCGCCAUGCUCUCCGGGGCUCCGCCGCCGCCCGCCGGCUUCCCCAGCCCGCCCCAGCCGCCGCCGCCGCCCCCGCCGCCCGCCGCUCCCCCUCCCCACGGGCCGCCGCCGUUCCCGGGGAAGGGCGGCCUGCAGAUCCGGAAGAAUGCCAUCACGGACGACUACAAGGUCACCACGCAAGUGCUGGGGCUGGGCAUCAACGGGAAAGUUUUGGAGAUCUUCAGUAAGAAGAGCGGGGAGAAGUUCGCUCUCAAGAUGCUGCAGGACUGCCCGAAGGCCCGCCGGGAAGUGGAGCUGCACUGGAGGGCAUCGCAGUGCGCGCACAUCGUCCGCAUCAUGGAUGUCUACGAGAACCUCUACCAGGGGAGGAAGUGUCUGCUCAUCGUCAUGGAGUGCUUGGACGGCGGGGAGCUCUUCAGCAGAAUUCAGGACAGGGGAGACCAGGCCUUCACAGAACGGGAGGCUUCAGAGAUAAUGAAGAGCAUUGGGGAGGCCAUCCAGUACCUGCACUCAAUCAACAUCGCACACAGGGAUGUGAAGCCGGAAAACCUGCUGUACACCUCCAAACGGCCCAAUGCUGUGCUAAAACUCACGGACUUUGGCUUUGCCAAAGAAACCACCACACACAACUCCUUGGCCACUCCGUGCUACACGCCGUACUACGUGGCCCCGGAGGUGCUGGGCCCAGAGAAGUAUGACAAGUCCUGCGACAUGUGGUCCCUCGGUGUCAUCAUGUACAUUCUGCUGUGUGGAUACCCCCCCUUCUACUCCAACCACGGCCUGGCCAUCUCACCUGGCAUGAAGAAGCGAAUCCGAAUGGGCCAGUACGAGUUUCCCAAUCCCGAAUGGUCCGAAGUGUCAGAAGAAGUUAAGCAGCUGAUCCGCAACCUGCUGAAGACGGACCCGACCCAGCGCAUGACGAUAACAGAGUUCAUGAACCACCCCUGGAUCAUGCAAUCCAUGCAGGUGCCCCAGACCCCGCUGCACACCAGCCGUGUGCUGAAAGAGGAGAAGGAUCUGUGGGAGGACGUGAAGGAGGAGAUGACCAGCGCUCUGGCCACCAUGCGCGUGGACUACGAACAAAUCAAGAUCAAGAAAAUCGAAGAUUCCUCCAACCCGUUGCUGAUGAAGAGGCGGAAGAAAGCAAACCCCCCCGAGCCCACCGCGCUCCCCCACUGAGGGUGCCCCGCGCCCACCGGCCCUUGAGAAAAGCAAUAACUAUAUAUAUAUAUUUUUUAAGAAAAAAAAAAGACAAAAAGAGACAGACUGUUAUACCAAGCGCAUGGAAUUCAGACGUUUAUACCAGACUAGUUAUUUUUAGCUACUCACCCGUGUUUCUGACCUUGCUGGAGCAGGUGGUAAGACCCCCUGUCAGAUCCACAUGUGCAGCCAAGGGGUCUCUCCUGUAGGUGAACGCUGCCAAGAAUUGGAUUUUUUUUCCUUUUGUGAAACCGUUUUUGAUUAUUUUUUUUUUCCUUCCUUCCAAAGAAAAUGGAAAUUCCUGUGGUGACCUUUUUAGGGUAUAUGACAUAUAAAUAUUUUUUAAAAACUACUGUAGAGCUGAAACCCAGACAGUGUGUUCCCUGCGUGGCUGUUGGCUAGAGAUGGGCUUCGGGCUUGGGAGUGGGUUGGUGGGAUGGGGAGAAGAGGAGGAGGAAGGAGAGCUGUGUGGUAGGGCUGUUGUGGGGGGGGGGGAGUCCUCGUGGACAUCGUGCUUGGCCUGGAAAACCGCUGCUUUUAAAGCACAGUAGCCAAAAAAACCCACCCCACCUCCCCAGCCUUUCCCUGUCCUGGAAGCCGUGACUCCAGCCAGCGCCGCAGGGCUGCCCUGUGUCUGUCUCGCUGUCUGUCUGUCUGUGCAUGGGGUGUGUGUCUGUCUGUGGAGCUGCUGGUGGCCACUGCAGUCUGGACCUGUGCCUGGGAUCCAGCUCUGACCUCAGGGGGGGACUGGGGGUGAGCAGAAGGCUGGUGACUCCCACAUCUCCCCUGUGCAUUGGGAAAAGAUGCUUCCCCACCUCCUCUGCCUGUGCCCCCAGCUCCCUGGGAUGCUGUCCUGGGGGUUCCCAGGGAAAAGCUGGUGGCACAGGCAGGGGGUGGAGAUGGUGUGGGGCCAUAGUGUGAGAUGGGAUGGCAACACGGUCCCCUCCCCAGCUGGGGGUCCUGUUGCCCCCCUGGCAUGGCUCCUGCCAGGAUGGCUGCUCUCAAGUCUUUAGUCCACGAAUUAUUAUUAUUGUUAUUAUUAUUUGUCACAAUGUUUCACUGCUUUAAAUGUGUUUGAAUGGGGAAAACAAUUUUUUUAAGGCAAUGUUUAGUUUCUAGGUGAUCUGUUAGACACUGUAUGGAGUUUUAAUUUGUUUUAAAAUCCGGUUUUUAUCCCUUUUUUUUUUUUUCUAAUUUUUAUUUUUGUCUGUUGGCUUAUACUAAUCUUCCCAGUCUGCUCUUCAGUCCUUUGGAUUAAAGACACUUACUGCGUCA